UGCUGCUCCACUGAAGGGGUUACUCACAGAAAGAGAGAGAGAGAGAGGGAGGGGGGGCAUGGCACAGCGCUUCAGCAUCCACUACACACGGGAGUGGUGCACCAUUGAGACCGGAGCCCCGGACCCACCCGAAGCAGCAGCAGCAGCAGCAGCACCGCGCUUCCGUCACGCCUCUUCCCCGCCUAGCAGCGCCUCAACGCCGGCUAGAGACAUUAAUCAUCACUCUCCGCCUUUCUGCAUGUGACUUCUCCAUGAGGAUUGGAAGCACGGUGCCUCGACUGCGUUUCCUAUAAAUGAAGACCUUUGUUCACCAACAUCUGAUGCAGCUUUCCUCUCCACCUGCCAUGGUGACAUGACACACCCCUGAGCGUCUUUGCUGCCUUUUCUCACACAAAGACAAUCUGGAAUCAGGCUUAUCAAACCCCCAAACCUGUGCACGCACUCUUUGACAAAGGCAUCUAGUCAUUCUCUACUUCGCGAUGACGGUGGCGGUACGAUUCCGCCGCCACCUGCGUAGGCUCCUGCUCCUUCUUGCCUCCUGCUGUCUCCUCUCCCUCCUUCUUUCUGCUUACUUCCUGUUUACAAACUCAUCCCCUUCCAUGCAGCUUGGACAAUCCCCUGAACCAGCCUGUGCCCAGCCGCUCUCCAUGUCCCCGUACCAUCAACUCCCAUAUCCAUACCCUCCAAAUCCCCCGCACACUCACAUCCACACUGACCCGGUGGUGCUGGUUUUAGUGGAGUCCCAGUACUCCCAGCUGGGUCAGGACAUUGUGGCUAUAUUGGAGUCAGCACACUUCCAGUUCCGCAUGGAGAUCGCCUCAGGGAAGGGCGACUUGCCGCCGCUGACAGAGAAAGGCAGAGGACGUUAUUCGCUCAUCAUUUAUGAGAAUUUGUUAAAGUAUGCACAUGCAGACACAUGGAACAGACAGCUGCUACAUCAAUACUGCACAGAGUACAGAGUGGGCAUCAUUGGCUUCUUCCGCUCCACAGAGAACUCCCCCCCUCAACUCAAACUCAGAGGCCUCCCACUGGUGCUCAGGACCAACCAGGCGCUCUGGGACUGCUGUGUCGUCUCCAGCUCACCUCUUCUCCACCUGACCAAGCCCGGCACUGAUCGAGGGGCUUUACUAGGAGAGGACUGGACCUCCUUCUCCUCUAAUCACUCCACAUACCAGGCUGUGCUGCAUGCUCGGGCCAAGGAGGGGGCUGGAGCUGGCAGUGGCGAUAAUCUGGGGCCUGGGUUUAGUUUAGGCCUCCAAGCCACUGUAGUGCAGGACAUGGGGCUCUAUGAUGGGGUGAGGAGGGUGCUGUUUGGCCAGGGACUGGGAUACUGGCUGCACAGGCUCAUCCUGGUGGACGCCAUCUCCUACCUCACAGACAGGAAGCUAACUUUGGGUCUGGACCGGCACAUUCUGGUGGAUAUAGAUGACAUUUUCGUGGGGAAGGAGGGGACGCGAAUGAACGUGAAGGAUGUAAAGGCUCUUCUUGACACUCAGAAACAGCUGCGUUCUCAGAUUUCCAACUUCACCUUCAACCUGGGCUUUUCUGGAAAGUUCUACCACACAGGCACAGUACAAGAGGAUGAAGGAGAUGAUCUGCUUCUGAAGUACGUGGAUGAGUUCUGGUGGUUCCCGCACAUGUGGAGCCACAUGCAGCCUCACCUCUUCCACAACGAGUCGUCCCUGCUGGAGCAGAUGGUCCUCAACAAGGAGUUUGCUCUGGAGCACAACAUCCCAGUGGACAUGGGCUAUGCCGUGGCCCCGCACCACUCAGGCGUCUACCCGGUUCACCUGCAGCUCUACAAGGCAUGGAGGCGCGUGUGGAACAUCCAGGUCACCAGCACUGAAGAGUACCCCCACCUCAAACCAGCCCGCUACCGCAAGGGCUUCAUCCACAGCAACAUCAUGGUGCUGCCUCGUCAGACGUGUGGCUUGUUUACUCACACCAUCUACUAUAAGGAAUACCCCGGUGGACCUAAGGAGCUGGACAAAAGCAUCCGUGGAGGAGAGCUGUUUCUCACUGUGCUCCUCAACCCUAUCAGUAUUUUCAUGACCCACCUGUCCAACUACGGCAACGAUCGGCUGGGUCUGUACACGUUUGUCAACCUGGCCUCUUUUCUUCGCUCGUGGACCAACUUGAGACUCCACACACUCCCGCCCCUGCAGCUUGCACACAAGUACUUCCAGCUUUUUCCUGAACAAAGGAACCCUCUCUGGCAGAACCCUUGUGAUGACAAAAGACACAAAGACAUCUGGUCUAAAGAGAAAACCUGUGACAGGUUACCCAAGUUCAUGGUCAUAGGCCCACAGAAAACAGGGACGACUGCACUUUAUCUCUUCCUACUCAUGCAUCCCUCCAUCUCCAGUAACUUCCCCAGUCCCAAGACUUAUGAGGAGGUCCAGUUCUUCAACACCAACAACUACCACAAAGGAAUUGACUGGUACAUGGAGUUUUUCCCUGUGCCUUCUAAUGUUAGCACAGACUUCCUGUUUGAAAAAAGUGCUAACUACUUCCCAUCAGAGGACUCCCCGCGGCGAGCUGCAGCCCUUCUGCCAAAGGCCAAGAUCAUCACCCUGCUCAUCAACCCCUCUGACAGAGCCUACAGCUGGUAUCAGCAUCAAAGAGCUCAUGAGGACCACGCAGCCCUGCAGUUCACCUUUUAUGAUGUCAUCAGUGCGAAACCAGGUGCACCAGCUGAGCUUCGCUCCCUCCAGAACCGUUGCCUCAUCCCUGGUCUUUACUCCACACAUCUGGAGAGGUGGCUCACUUACUAUCCUGCUAACCAGGUGAUGAUCAUAGAUGGCCAUCAGCUGAGAUCAGACCCUGCUGCAGUGAUGGAUGAAGUCCAGAAGUUCCUGGGAGUCACUCCUCACUUCAACUACUCCCAGGCUCUGACGUUUGACCCUCAGAAGGGCUUUUGGUGCCAGCUCCUUGAGGGAGGAAAGACUAAAUGUUUGGGGAAAAGCAAAGGAAGAAAGUACCCUCCCAUGGAGCCAGAGGCACACGCAUAUCUCUCCAGGUACUACAGGGAACACAAUGUGGAGCUGUCAAAGCUGCUGCAUCGCCUCGGACAGCCUCUUCCCUCCUGGCUAAGAGAGGAGCUUCAGAAGGUUAGAUAACCUUUGCAUCCAUGAACAGGGGGUAAAGCUGAAUGGGUUGACGACCAGGAGGAAACCAGGAGCAGCGCCUGACCUUCAGAUGCGACUGUCUGCAGCCUUUGAGUGAACCCUGAGGUGACGGCAAGGACAGGGAGCCUUGUCUCGCUUAGGAGCUGUGACCCUGCCAGAGAAAGCAGAGGUUACAGGAGUGAAAAAAACACACUUUGGACAGGCUGAAACUGAACUAUUGUUGGAAUGAAUGGACGGACAGAUGGAGGAAAUAAACGUUUCAGGUUACUGACACAGCUCGAAGGAAAUUGGGACUACAAAGGAGAGCCUGAUGAAUAGGACUGUGAUAGAUGAGAGGCAACUCUUUAAUGCUCAAACCUUAUUUUGAGCUAUGGUAAACUCUUCACUGCAGACCUGCAGAGACUCUGAUGAUUAUUUCUCUGAUUAUUGUUUUGUUUCACCUUAAUUUUAAAAUGCCAGAGCAGCGCUGGUCAGCUGUGUGUGGUUUCAAGAGAUAUGACUUUGCACUAAGAUCCAUUCCAUGUAUUUUCAAGACAAAAAGGGAAAAAUUCACCCUGUGUAUGUAGAUUUGUUUUUCUUUCUCUGUUUUGCUGUUUUUUUUGUUACAAUGAGAGUGAAUCAGCAGGGAGAACAAGUGCUUAGACUCAGGGUGAGUGACAGGCUGUUACUUUCCAUCAUCAGUUCUCAUUGUUUUUUUGGUUAUUUUUUAAAUUGAAGCUCUAGUUUCCAGUCAAUCUAUUCACCCUUAGAGAUGUCACUGGAGAGUAUAGACUGGAAAAGAGUUAGUGAAGCAAGAUGCGUUUGCCCACUCAUUUUCCUGUGACGAGCCAUGUGGAAGAACACCAUGUCCGUUUAGCACAGCAUGAGCGCUCAUGAUUUCAGUGCUAAGGACCAAGAAGACAUGAGUCCGCAGGGAUGAAAACUGACCAAAACAAGCCUAAUGGAGAUGACACUUAAUUCCGAGACCCUUUAAGUAGCUUCUAUACCCGCAGGCAAUUUAUGUUUCAUCAAGUCUUAACCUCCUUUUUAUUCCUUUUUAAGAACCAGUGGCCUACAUUGUUGAGCUUCAAUUUGAAUGCAAAAAAAGCCCUAAAUGUCAAACACAGAAACCAAAAUUAAAGACAUGGA